AUGGCGAGUGAAAAUCCUUUGAACUUUUUUGAAGUGAAAAUUGUUGGUCUCGACCAUUCAGUGACUGACGAAGCGAUCAAAGCUAUCUGUGACGAGUUUCAACCGUAUGAUUACAAAAUAUCGCGCUAUUCUAACGAUCAAAAGCAGAGUAAUUGCAUCAUAGAAGCGCCAACCAAAGAAGUUGCGAGUGAGAUCUUUAAAAAGAAAAACAAAAGUGAGUGGAAUGGAGUUCCCGUGUAUUUUAAAUUAGAUAAGAAAGAUAAAACGAAGAAAACUCUUCGAUUUUCCUUUAAAGGAAUAACUCAAACACAACAAGAGAUCGAAAACUAUUUCAAAGGGUUUGAUGUCAAAAUAACUUUACCUUUAGUUAAAACUGGUGAAUUAAUGGGGAACACAAUUUCCGUCAUUUUUAAGUCAGCUACAAAUGCGCAAGACUGUGGGGCCAAAUUGAAGACAACAGAAAUCGGUGGGAAACAAGUCGGAGUUGUUUUUCUAAAUGAAACGGGAGAGAAGAUAAAGCCGUGUUUCAUCUGCGGAAGUCUCACGCACAAGACCUUGACUUGCCCCCAACACAAAGCCCAGAAAAGUCGCGUUAAAAACCAACUUAAAAAAAAAGAAAAAAGUGGUUCGACGGUCCGACACAAGCAGUCAAAUCAACAAAAAAAGAAUAUAGUUAAGAAACCAAUAAGUAAUGGUAAACCAUUCUAUAGUAAAAAACAAGAAACAAAACCAAAAACAAUGGUUCGAACGCAAAACACCGAUUUAAAGAAAAAAGAGAAUUCUACGUUCGACGAUCCUUUGUUUAAAAGUGAGAAUAAGGGAUUGAGCUUUUUUGAGAGACUGCAGGCGCUAGAAAAACAAUAA